ACAUUGAAACAUCUCGUGGAGAAUCUCAUAUCUUUACAAUAAAAUGACACGCCACCUCCCGGAACCGGAACAUCAAGAGACACUUCCGGCGAUUCAGUGCCUGUUUCCUGGGGUCGAACACGAUUAUCUGUUCGGAAUAUCUCACUCACUGAUUGACCGACCGCUCGCAAUUAGAUUGGGGCCUGGGGUAGCUCGAAGUAUCUGAUAGCCCUCAGACCGGGGCCCGGAGCCGCCGUCUAUAGCAGAAGCUGCUGCCAAUAUGUCUGCACCACGACUUCAACGUACAAUGUCCCGAACAGGUGAAAGUUUAUACAAAUCACUAGGAUUGGAGAAAGGUGCUACACCAGAAGAGAUUAAAAAAGCAUAUCGAAAGCUUGCUCUCAAGUAUCACCCAGACAAAAAUCCAGACAAUCCUGGUGCAUCAGAAAAGUUUAAGGAAAUAAACAAUGCCAAUGCUAUUCUGAAUGAUGAUAAUAAGAAACGCAUCUAUGAUGAGUAUGGUUCAAUGGGACUGUAUGUGGCUGAACAAUUUGGAGAAGAGAGUGUCAAGUACUACUUUUUGAUGAACAAAUGCUGGUUUAAGGCUGUUCUUGUAUGCUGUGGCAUUAUUACUGGAUGCUGUUGUUGCUGUUGCUGUUGCUUCUGUUGUGGAAAAUGCAAACCAUCAGGAGAAAUGGAAGAUUACGAUGUUAUUAAUCCUGAAGACCUAGAGGCGCAGAUUAGAGCAGAGCAAGGGGCAGAUGGUGAAGCAGUUAUUAUCACCCAACCAGCACCUGGUUCAGCCAACGAAACCACUGAUGAGAAACAGCAGGUGCAAAUGCUGGUGUAAAUAUCCCAAUCAUAAUUCAGCCGCAGCCAGAAUGACCAAAAUGUGAACCAACUUAGUCUUCAAGCCAAAUGUCUUCCUACAGAAGGGAUACAUGAAAACACAGGAUCUGAAAAUUCAUUUUAAACAUACAUGUUUGAGCAGGAUUUUGAAAAUUAAUUUUAACAAAAUAUGUACAUAAUGUAUAGUUCAUAUUUUUCUGAAGGAUCCUGACACAGCCAACACACUUGUAAAUUUGUAAUGUAAUGUAAUGUAGUACAAUCUACAUUUGUGUUAUUUCCAACUACAGAACAACUGAAACAUUCUUAUGGGAUAUAAUCUAUUUUAAACAAAAAGGUGACAGCUUUUUUUUUAAUUUCUGCAGACUUUUUAAAAAACAAGUAUAAACAAUGUAAUAAGUCUUAUCGGACUGAAAUCUUUACUACUUCAAUCUUCAUUCCAUUGAAAUAGAUGUCUGAGUUUGUAAGUGAAUAAAAAUGGUAAGUAGUUUCAAAUUGCACUGAUUUAGGCUUUCAAAUGACUACACUAGCUACUGAUAAAACACUGCUAAUUGAAAAAAGAAUGUUGUACAUACAUAUUGUACAUGUUUUUGGGAAAAGUCCAUUCCUGUUAUGUUUACCACCAAAACCAGCCCUCUUCUGAAGUGUGUGCAAAAUGUAACCAAAGCAGAUUUCGUCUGGGAAUAGUAGGUGUCUUGAACAUUUCAGUUUUAAUGGAUUAGAAAGAAGUUCUUUCAUUGUAUAGAGGAAGUAAAAUGUGUAGGUAUAGAACAGGUUAGCGAUGUGCAGCACCUUUUUUGAUUUGAUCAGCUAGAUGCUUUUUAUUUGAAUGUUGCAACCUAUUAAAAUGAAUUUAUAUUAAAAGUGUUCCAUCAUCAGGUGAUGAACCUCUAUGCAUUCGCUGAAAGUUAUUUGAUAAAAUUUUUCUUCUCAAAAUGGCUUUGACCUAAUAAGAAUGUACUCUGUACAACUGUGCACUUUUGAUUCCUGAUUGAUAUUUGUGCUAAAUAAGGUUAUAUACUUUUGACUCGGUGGAUUUAGUUAUCAGGACUGUAUGUGGAAUAUAUUAUGACAAGCUAAGUUGCAGUUACACGAUUCACUUCAUUGCUUUAAAACAAAAGGUGGCCAAAAAUUUAAAUCUCUUAGCCAUAGAAGAUAAGCGAUAUUUAAAUCUGCAGUACAUUUAGUUGUGUACCUAGUGCUGCUAUGUAUUAUUGGAAUUUUAAUUUAUUGGAAGUUUUGAAUAAUCAUUUAUUUGUUCAGACCAAUGUAAUAUUGCAUUCUCAUUUCUCUCCCAUGUCUUUUUCAAAGUAAAUUUUACCAUUGAAUAUGGAGAUCAAUUUUUGAUCUCCUGACAUUGGAUUUAUCACUCUGUCGGGCAUUUGCCUUGUGUGACAAUGGUUUGGGAUCUUGAUGGUCAAUUCAUGUUACUGAAACUGGAGUGACCUCUUCAGGGUACAAGCCUGAGCAAAUUUUAAGGAGGUCCAGGCAACUCAAAUGUCAGGAUCUCCCCUGACUUCCUUGGUUGGGACCAAAGGAAUUCAGAGAUUACAUUACACACAUUUUCAGGAAUUGCCAGAAAGAUAAGAGUUAGGCAACGAUCCACCUUUUGGCCCCACUCCAGACUUUUUUCUCAGGGUUUACUGUCUUAGCCUUUAUCUCUCCCAAGGUAUGCACAAACCUUGGAGCUAUUUGUCCAUAGCUGGGUGUUUGGGUCAUAAAUGCAAGGCAUGUCCACACACUGGACUUGCAUGCUGCAUUCUGGGGGCCAAAUAGCCAUCAUAUUCUCUGAAGCUUUAGCCCAAGGCCAGAGGUUUCCUUAGUUCCACUUGUGCCACGUGGACUUGGCAAUGGAAAGGCUGUGUGCCAACAGGAAUAGAUUAGCACUUUCAGAUCUCCUUUCUGAAUUACUGUGAACCAGCAGUGUAGGUUGAAAGUGAGAAGCACAUUAAAAUACAAAAAGCAAGAAAAAGUUAAUUUCUCCAUCUGCACACUAAGCACAUCAUGUCAACUUGCUGUACGCACCCAUUAACAUUGAAUCUUUCACAGAACUGAAAAUACCCACAGAGUAAUAUUUAAUGGCUAUUAAUUACUAGCCUGCAACAAGUUUAAUAAGUUUCAUGUAACUUAACUUUACAAAUACAGGGCUAAUUAAUUUUUAUGUUAAGGGUGUCUUUCUUGUAUCCUUUAGCAAAUGGUGAAAAUGGAUUUCUCUAUGCUCUGGUAACAUCCGAGUGAGAGAAACUUUGUUUUAGUGACCCAUUAAAUUGAAUAUAAUUUUCUUUUGAGCUGGUAGCCAUGCAUGAUUACUGAUUACUUUUGUUACAUGGGUGAAUUCUGCAAAUGUCAUAUGUUACGAUUGCAACUGCAAAUUUUUUCUGCAUUUUUGAAUUUUUUUUUACAGUAGUCAUUGAAAAUAAUAUGGCAUUGGAAUUAAUAGUGAAAUUUAAAAAGUAGACCAAAAACUGAAUUGGGUUGCUGCGAUGUGCCACUGAUCAUUUGCAGUUUUUGAAAAUACUUUCAAUUCAGAAGUAACUAACUCUUUUCUUGCUAGUAGACUGUGGGUAAACGACCAUAUAGUUAAAAGCUUUAAAAGUUGACACUCGCAAAACAAGUUUUUGUUCUGUCUCAAAAUAGUCAUUGUGUAUGCCAAAUACUUUUGCCCCCCCCACAAAUCGUGACAUGGAAAUUUAAUUGAUUCAUGCAGCAGAAUUAGCCACUUUUUAUUUGUCUAUGUAAUUGUAAAUACUGGAACCUGUAUGCUAAAUUUAUUAUACUGAACUUUUAAAAUAGUAAUUUUACUACUGUGCAUAAAGUUACCAUACUUGUAUAUUUUCUAAAUUAUAUGUUUACAGCUAACAAACCUUAGUGAUGGAAUUUGUUCUGAGAUACACUAUUUUUUAAAGACAGAGAAUGACUCUGAUGGAAAGAUCUUCCAAGGUGCAGUGUAAUAUAGCAAAAUACUUUUAGUACUAAUUUGAAAUUUCUUGACCUCACUGAUUAAUUCAGGUUUCAAAAAAUACUAUGCCAUAUGUAAAUGUGAACAUCAGAUGAAAAUUUUUAAUAGAUUUGCAUUUUGCUCAUUUCGGAUGCAAUCCAGAAAAUGGGUCGUAUUCCAAGAGGCACAUUAGACUGCCAAUCCUCUGAAUGUUUAAAUUAGCAUAUAAUUAGAAUUUUGGGGAAAACCUGUCCUGUUAAGUAAAUGAACAUUCACUAACUAAAGACAGUUUGUCUGCAUGAGUGUUUACUUAGCAUUGCUUGGGGAUCAAUAUUGGAGAGUUGCAUCAAUGUAUAAUACUGUAUGAAAAUAGAAUUAAUUCUUUUAACAUUGUCAUCUUGCAAAUUUGUGUAAAUUACUUUUUUCCAAAGUGUGUGCUUUUCACGUGAUUAUCUUUACUGUAGAUGAACAAUGUAUACAACACUUUUUGCCCAAUAUUGGUUAUCCUGUUUCAUCAUCUGAAGCUUAAAACUGUCAUUUUGUAAAUAAACACUUUGAAUUUCUAUGAUCCACAAAAAAAGUUAAUGUUGAUACCCAUGUAGCCUAAUUUGUAUGUCAUGCAGUGUUUACAGCAGCUUUCUUAGCAAUUUCAGGAUUAAUAUUUGUCCAAUUGUAGUGCAUUUGAACAGGUAUCAAUUGUUCUAUGCUGUGACGUGUUAUAUUAGUUGUGGAUAAAAUCUACUUCUAACAUUUUAGAAUUAUUGCUGUUUCAAGUUUAAGAUGCAAAGUUAAUUUGGUAAUGAGGGUCUAGUUUUCUAAUCCUACUGUACCCAUUUUAAAAAGCGUAGUUUCUUUUUGAAGGUAGGGUUAGAGUUAUGAAAAUUCUUCCAGCACAGCUGAGUAACAUGGUCAGAAUAUUCAACCAAAUCUAAGUGAAUUUUUGACUGCUUUAAAUUUAAGUCUGAGAAGAUUUUAUACACACUCAUGGAUUGUUCCUGGCCUAUAAUUUAUUUUUCAUACAAAGAAUUCAAAUAAGGAAGCAGUACAUCAUUUUUAUAAGUAGAUUUUUUCCCCCUCCUGUGUUUUACACAUUCUUUUGCAGUCAACAUUUCUGUUGCAACGUUGUCAUGAACUAUAAGGAGCCCGAUCUACUUUGCGUGUUGUAUCACCUAAGUGAUAAAAUGUAAUUGAGGUUAAUGUUGUUGAAUAAUGUGAUUAUAUAUUUUUAAUCCAUAUAAACCAAAACUUCAAUCAGUGGAGCAUUUAUAUAAUACUGAAGGGGAGGCAAUAGUCUACUGGUAUUAUCACUGUACUGUUAAUCCAGAGAUCCAGAUAACAUUCUGGGCACCCGGGUUUGAUUCCUGCCACAGUAGAUAGUAGAAUUUGAAUUCAAUAAAAUAUCUGGAAUUAGGAAUCUAAUGAUGACAGUGAGUCCAUUAUCGAUUGUUGGAAAAACCCACCUGGUUCAAUAAUGUCCUUUAGGGAAGGAAACUGCCAUCCUCACCUGUGACUUCAGACCCACAGCAAUGUGGUUGACUCUGAACUGCCCUCUGGGCAAUUAGGGAAGGACAAUAAAUGCUGCUUGACCAGCGACAUCUUCAUCCUGUUUAAUGAAUAAAGAAAAAAGAAAUAAUAUUAGAAAGAAAACAGCGCAUUUGGGCUGGAAAGUAAGAAAAGUUAUUGAGACACUGAUUACCUUAACUUCUUUAACCUUCAGUAAUGUUAAUUCAUCUUUCCUGAAUAUACACGCAGAGUUCAAUAUCGAUGCAUGAAUUCUGCAUCCACAUUUGUUUGAAAGUUUUCUGAAAAGAAAAUCUACUAUCAAGAUUUAGCUGAUAAAAUUGAAUUUGGAAAUCUGUUUCUACUGCAUAGUCACAGGUGUACAUGGAUUUUUUUUCUUUACACAUUUACAGGAUCUGGUUCUCAGCUAUACACUUAUUGAUUCAUCCACUAGAAGUCCAAAUUGUAUUUUUCUUGGAAAUUGCACAUUUACAACCAAACCUCAUUUUAAAGUGAUGUUUAAAAAAAAACUUUGUGGCAGUAUAAGUUAGCUUCUUGGGUUUCACUUAUUCCUCUAAAGAAAAUUCUGUCUUUAAGGAAUUUUUUUCUGUUUGUGCAUGCUAGUGGAAAUGAUUAGUAACUGAUCUGCCAGAAUAAUUGUAACAGGAAAAACUGUUGGAUUUUUAAUUGAGGAUGUGCAGUGAUCAGGACAUGUACCCUUAAGGAGGAAAAAAAAAUCUGUUUACUUAUCAAAAAUAUCCUCAUCAUUCAUGGGAGAUGAUGGCAAAGUCACACAAGUUAUCUGUAGCAGUAAAUGUUAGAUCACCCUCUUACGCUGCCGUUUAAUCAAAAUGAUGAUUGGCAAUUUGAACAGCAGUAAUAUAUUUUCACUGUAUCUAUGAUUAAUAGAUCAGGAUAUACUUUGUACUAAACCAUGCCAAUGCAGUGCUGUGUUGGGGUAUAGAAAUAUUGUAAAAUGUAUACUGCAGCUGUUGAUCACCAAGCACAAAUUUUUUUGCCAAUGGAAAAGCCGGGCAUUAUAACUUCAGAGCUGGAAUCUGUCUCCAAUCUGGGUAGCAGUAAAACUGGAUCACGUGAAAAAGCAUUCAUGCUUGGGCUUAAUAUCAAAUAGAGUAUAAUCCAGUGGAAUAGAAGUAAUAUUCAGGGGUCUGCAUGCUUGAUAUUAAAAAUUUAGCAUCUGGAACUUAUCUCUGUACAUGAAGAAGCAUGUAGGCAUAGAGUUUGUUUAGUUGUUACAAAUGGUAUUUGAAGCCAGGCUGCUUGAUCAGAACUAUUCUGCAGGUAUAGCUGUACCCUAGAAUGAGGCAAUAUCAAAAAAUAAUUUUCCUAUAUAUAUCAAACAUGGCAAAAAAUAAAACAAAUCAUGAGUUCACAACUUACUGCCUUUGGGGUUAAAAGUCAGAUGAUGUGCAAUAGUGCUAUCAAUUAAUUUUGAGGUAUUAUGUAACUUUACCAGUCUUCAUGUCUUCAGUGUUAGUAAUAUCUGAAAUGUGAAAAAAGCUGGUAUAAUGUAAUCACUGUCUAGUCUUCUCAGGCAUCAUCCACAAUUGAAUAAAUACGUAAGCAUUACUAGCAGUAUUUACUAAAUUACGGGCAAUAAUAAAUUACUUUGUUCCUUUCUAAAGCAUUUAGGACUAUUUUCUUAGGUACAACAAUUUUGGCACAGCAUUUCUGGAAUUGCACUAAAUACUGUUUGCUCAAUAAUAUCCCUGUAAUGUCUUGUACUAAUGAUUGGACAUACUCCAUGAUUUACAACCGAACCUCAUUUUAAAGUGAUGUUUAAAAAAAAAACUUUAAUCUAUGAUUUAUUGGAAUUGUUGUUCCUCAACAGUAAAUAUGCAUACAUACAAAAACAUUGUGCAAGUAGUUUUGAAACUUGAUUUCAAAAUUUACACAAAGAAAUUUAGUUGCUGCUUUGAAUCACAAAUGUAAUGAAAUGCAAGUUAGUCUGCUGUAGGGUUUGUUUCUUGAAUUCCAAGUGUAUAAGAGCAUGUGCCAUUUUGUGCUGUUCAUGAAAUUAUAUAUUGUGUACUGUACUUCAAAUUUUGCCAAAUAGUUGUAUUUUUGGGAAGUCAAGCUGUUCAUAAAAUUAGCUUCUUUUAUCUGAACCAUUUUAAAUGUGUUUCUGGCAGUUUUUUUUAAAGUAGUUUUCUGGAUUACUUGACUCUUUGGGAAUUGUGUCACUUGUUGCACAUAGUCAUUUGUGGUUAAAUCAGCUUGUAAGCUAAGAGAUGAAGCUAUUUAGGAAGAUUGCUAUUUGGCAAAGAACAGUAGUAACUAAAUUUAUAUACAGGCAGUAUAUCAUUUAUAAUUUUGCUGACUGUAUCCAACAUAACACCUCAAAUGAUGGGAAAGUUACUCUGGUAAAGGUUAAAUUCUUGGGUUAUGGUUUCUGUUGUUCACUUUAAAAAUCUUCAUGCUUUUGAAGAGAAAAUAAUAAACUAAAUCAAAUCACUGAAUGUAGAUAAAGGCUGCUGUCUUGUUGUCUACACAUACAUCUCCAUUAUUGGGGCGGCACGGUGGCUCAGUGGUUAGCACUACAGCCUCACAGCGCCAGGGACCCAGGUUCGAUUCCUGCCUUGGGCGACUGUCUGUGUGGAGUUUGCACAUUCUCCUCGUAUCUGCGUGGGUUUCCUCCGGGUACUCCAGUUUCCUCCGACAGUCCAAAGAUGUGCAGGUUAAGUGGACUGGCCAUGCUAAAUUGCCUGUAGUGUUCAGGGGUGUAUGGUUUUCGGGGGAUGGGUCUGGGUGGGCUGCUUCAAGGGGCGGUGUGGACUGGUUGGGCUGAAGGGCCUGUUUCCAAACUGUAGGGAAUCUAAUCUGAAGGGUCUAAGGGGGAUUUAUUUUGCUUCAGUGUCAUGAUGAGAAAUCUCCACUCAUGGAAACCAAGUUAGUUAGUAAUCAAAGGGCUUGGGUCUUUUUUUCAGCUUCAUUAUAUAAAGGGAUAAUGAUUUUCAUUUAUUGGGAACUGAGCGAUGUUACAACUUGAAUCUAGACUGAGCUAUGUUCAGAUUUAAUGUGAUCAGAAUAUAUUUUGUACAACUUUCUCAUGAAU